CGCGCAGCUGACCAGGAAGACGUGAAUCCCGAGAAAGAGGCGCAGGACGAGGAGGCAGAACCCGACCGGCGCGUAGAGCAGCAGCGCGAGCAGCAGGAAGCAGUCACCCGGGAGCCUGGGGGCGAGAGGCGAAGUGGUCGGGCGCCGAAGGCCGAGAGGACGCAGGGGUAGGUCUCUUCCCGCCGGGUCUCUUACCGGUGCGAGUCAAAGAGCCGCUCCGGCCCCGGCCCUGAGGGAAGCUCCAUAACUGCUGCUUCAGGAGCGCCCAGCCGUCGCCGCCGCCAUCUUCGCGCCCGGCCGCAGGGGCUCCUGGGAAGGCGGAGUCUUUGGGCAUCCGCCCGGGGUGACAGGACCCGAAGUGUUGAGGCGCGCCGGAAGGGCUAGCGGUCCCAGCAUACCCUGCGGCCCCUUGGGCCGUCUCACAACUCGCGUCCCACGGAGACCACAAUUCCCGGCAUUCGCGGGACGGGGAGGAGUCGGCCUCCCGGAAUCCUGGUCCCGACGUGCACUUCUGGAGGACUUCAGGUACCGGCGUGCCCCGCGUCCUACUGUCCGCCUGCUCGCGUCCUGGGUGCCGCCUCUGAGUAGGGCGGGCGAGGAGGCAGCCGAGGCGGAGCUGAUGGCUGCGCCGAGGGCGGGGCGGGGUGCAGGCUGGAGCCUUCGGGCAUGGCGGGCUUUGGGGGGCAUUCGCUGGGGGAGGAGACCCCGGUUGACCCCUGACCUCCGGGCCCUGCUGACGUCAGGAACUUCUGACCCCCGGGCCCGAGUGACUUAUGGGACCCCCAGUCUCUGGGCCCGGUUGUGUGUUGGGGUCCCUGAACCCCGAGCAUGUCUGACGUCUGGGACCCCGGGUCCCCGGGCACAACUGACUGCGGUGACCCCAGAUACCAGGACCUGGGAGGCCUCAGAGAACUCUGGAACCCGUUCGCGCGCGUGGCUGGCUGUGGCACUGGGCGCUGGGGGGGCAGUGCUGUUGUUGUUGUGGGGCGGGGGUCGGGGUCCUCCGGUCGUCCUCGCCGCCGUCCCUGGCCCGCCGCCCGCUUCUCCCCGGAGUCAGUACAACUUCAUCGCAGAUGUGGUGGAGAAGACAGCACCUGCCGUGGUCUAUAUCGAGAUCCUGGACCGGCACCCUUUCUUGGGCCGUGAAGUCCCUAUCUCGAACGGCUCAGGAUUCGUGGUGGCUGCCGAUGGGCUCAUUGUCACCAACGCCCAUGUGGUGGCUGAUCGGCGCAGAGUCCGUGUGAGACUGCUUAGCGGCGACACGUAUGAGGCCGUGGUCACAGCUGUGGAUCCCGUGGCAGACAUCGCAACGCUGAGGAUUCAGACUAAGGAGCCUCUCCCCACGCUGCCUCUGGGACGCUCAGCUGAUGUCCGGCAAGGGGAGUUUGUUGUUGCCAUGGGAAGUCCCUUUGCACUGCAGAACACGAUCACAUCCGGCAUUGUUAGCUCUGCUCAGCGUCCAGCCAGAGACCUGGGACUCCCCCAAACCAAUGUGGAAUACAUUCAGACGGAUGCAGCUAUUGAUUUUGGGAACUCUGGAGGUCCCCUGGUUAACCUGGAUGGAGAGGUGAUUGGAGUGAACACCAUGAAGGUCACAGCUGGAAUCUCCUUUGCCAUUCCUUCUGAUCGCCUUCGAGAGUUUCUGCAUCGUGGGGAAAAGAAGAAUUCCUCCUCUGGAAUCAGUGGGUCCCAGCGGCGCUACAUUGGGGUGAUGAUGCUGACCCUGAGUCCCAGGGCUGGUCUGCGGCCUGGUGAUGUGAUUUUGGCCAUUGGGGGGCAGAUGGUACACAAUGCUGAAGAUGUUUAUGAAGCUGUUCGAACCCAAUCCCAGCUGGCAGUGCAGAUCCGGCGGGGACGAGAAACACUGACCUUAUAUGUGACCCCUGAGGUCACAGAAUGAAUAGAUCACCAAGAGUAUGAGGCUCCUGCUCUGAUUUCCUCCUUGCCUUCCUGGCUGAGGCUCUGAGGGCGCCGGGACAGAGGGUUAAAUGAACCAGUGGGGGCAGGUCCCUCAAACCACCAGCACUGAUUCCAGGGCUCUAAAGAAUCACAGAAACACUUUUUAUAUAAAAUAAAAUUAUACCUAGCAACAUAUUAUAGUCAAAAAUGAGGUGGGAGGGCUGGAUCUUUUCCCCCACCAAAAGGCUAGAGGUAAAGCUGUAUCCCCCUAAGGUUAGGGGAGAUACUGGAGCUGACCAUCCUGACCUCCUAUUAAAGAAAAUGAGCUGCUGCCAUCUUUUGUUGUGGGCAGUUA